AUGGAGGGCCUGGAGCUGAGCCAAGCCGCCAUGACGCAAGAGGCGGCCAACGGCCGGUUCGCUGGCUCAGCGCAGCUGGCCGUCUCGUUCGGCGCGCGCUGGAGCCGCAACUCGCGCCUCGUUCGCGCCUCGCUGCACCACAUGCUCACCUCGUCCUCCGAGCUGGAGGCGAUGAUCGGCGCCGAGGUGGCCGCGCUGGUGAAGAGUCUCUUCCGUCCGCGGUACUUGAGCCUGUGCUGGCACGUCAUUACAGGCCACAGGCUGCCGGAGGCGGAGACGCGGCGCCUGACGGCACUGUUCAGUGCCGAGAUGACCGCGCUGCAGAACCCCUGGGUCGACAACCGGCUGCUGCGCACGCUCUUCCACGAGCGCAGCGGCUUCGGCGCCGUGCUGCGCUACCGCGAUGCCGUGCGCGAGAAGUUCGCGGAGGCCGUGCGCGGCGGCGGCGGCCGGCGCGAGGGCACGUUCAUCGCACGGCUUCGUGCCAGCAAGCGGGACCCACUCUGGCGGCCCGAGACGGACGAGGACUUGGUCAUGUUCUUCUUCGAUUUCCUCAACGCCGGCUGCGAGACGACAAGCGCCUUCUGCGAGUGGGCGCUCACCUACCUGCUGCGCCACCCAGACCGGCCGCAUGCGCACCUGGCGCGAGCCUUCGAGGCCGAGGUACUGCGCCGCUCGUCGCUGACACCGGCCGGCGUGCCGCACCGGAGCCUGGCCGAGUUCCUGGUGGGCGGCUACCGCGUGCCGUCCGGCGCCGUGCUGCGCUACGACAUCGUCGGCACGCAGUGGAACGAGCAGCUAUGGCACGAACCGGACCGCUUCAGGCCGGAGCGUUUCUUGCGCAACGGUGUGUUCGCUUCCAGCGAGAACCUGGUGCCGUAUGGGAUCGGCCUGCGUCGCUGCACCGGCGAGGAGUACGCCCAGGCGUACCACUUCCUGAUGAUGGGCGGCCUGCUGCGCGAGUUCACCGUCGCGCUGCCGCCCGGCCGGCUGCCGCCCACGGAGGAGGCCACCAUGGGCCUCACGCGCAACUGCCUGCCGUUCGAGGCGGUCUUCACCUCACUGCCGCAGUCCUCGGCUUGA